GAGAGAGAGAGAGAGAGCAUCGUCACCAUAACAACAGAGACGCCACACACACCCACACCGCUAAACUGAUCCCUCCUUCUUUCCUUUCCUUUUCUUUCUUUCUUUAACUUGCGACUUAAAGUGAAAACCAGUAAUAUAAGCUGCCCCUAAAGAUGAGUUUCACGUGGGCUAUUGAUACUAAAGGGGACGAGCUGGGAAAGGUAUUUAGAGGCGAGGAAAGUGACGGGAGUGAGGCGGAGGACGACGAGAAAGCGGUGAAAAGUCAGCUGCAUGCAAUGAAAUUAUGUCAGGAGUCCAGUGGUUUAAUGGCAACUGUCUCCACGCUGAGGUUGCCAGGGAAAAGAGGUGGCUUGGAGUGGGGACCAGGAGGGGAAGGAAGGAGGAAGGAAGGGAAGGACGAAGAGGAAGAGGAGGUGGGGGUGAGCAGGGGACGGGAGUGGGGUCAGAUGGCGCCCCUGAGCCUGGCGGUGUUGGGGGAGGCGCUCGGAGAUCAGCACCCACAACUGCCCCCACUAACUCAUGCAAACGCGAAGGAGAUUUGUGCCCACGUGCCCACCCUGUCCUUGCAGUUCAGAGGGCUGGGGAGUCUGGAGCUGGUGUGGCUGCUGGAGCGACUGACGCGACUUGAGGUGAGCAACAACUGUCUCACCUCCACAGCUGGGAUUGAUCGUCUACCUGCCCUCACCUGGCUCGAUCUAUCCUUUAACCAGAUCAAGCGUCUCAUGGGUGUCGGGGCCUUGCGUCGCCUGGAGGUCCUUGCUCUGCACAACAACCAACUGGAGCGCCUGGAGAAGGGGGCCCUGCAACACCUCGACCGCCUGCAAGUUCUCACGCUGGCCAACAACAGGCUCACUGAUCUCUCUGAUGUGUGGACGCUGCGCCACCUGGACAGCCUGGCGAGUCUGAGCCUUGCAAACAACCCCAUAAGCAGCCAACACUACCCCGCCCUCGUGCUGGCCCACCUGCCACGCCUCGCCUACCUCGACCACCGCCGCGUCACGCCACAGGACCACGCCAACGCCCUGGAGCUACAUAGGGCAGAAGUGGAGGUGGUAGAGGCGGACGAGGAGCGGGUGAGGCUGGAGGAGGAGGCGGAGAAGGAGCGACGGAGGAGCAGGGAGGCUCACGCGCGGGCCGGGGUGCUGGCGCUGGAUGACGGCUCGCUCCUGGCCAGAAUGUUCAGAGGGGACAAAGACAUGGGUGUCCUGCUGCAGCUGCCGGGAGCACACGCCCUUAUGAGCAAAUACCAGGAACACUUCAACGCUGUGUGCAGGCAGGUCUUCAAGGCGGGGCUCCUACAUGAGGAGCAGCGGCAGACCGAACUACGUCUCUUGAGGGAGGCACUGCGUGAAGCGAGAACCCGCGCCGACCAUCACGCGCGCGAGGCCGUGCGGGAGCUGGAGGCUGAGGUGGGGACCGUAGCAACAGCCGGGCGAGAGUUGCAGCAGGCGGAGGAAGCCAGUCUAGGGGACGACCAGGAGGCGCACACUGGCAGGGUAGCAGAGGCGGCAGUCCUUCAUGAAAAAAUUGACACCCUGCUGAACACCACUUCCUACGACCUGCUGACUGCUGAAGUGACACUGGCAGAUCAGAUCAAGGAUGUAGUGGCACGGGCCCGGGAGGAGCUAGGAAGUCUCGUUGGAGGCUUCCUGGAGGAGGCUGCCACAGAGUUUCAAGAGGGCCGUCGUCUGGCCUACUCCUUCUACUGUCGCCUCCGAGAACUCUCCACUAAGGUGGCGGAUGAGUGUCCCAGCGUGGAAGAGCAGGAACGAACAGCAAGGGUGUUUGAGGGCAGUGACACUCUGCAGGCAGCACUGGCAGGCAUCCAUGACCGUCACCUGGACCUCAUUGAUGCGCGGGAGGCUGACCUCAGGAAGCACCUCCAACACUGGCUGGCAGACACCCUCAAGCAAAUCCAGGAGGAAGAAUGGGCAAGACACCGGGCCAGGGUGGAGGAGAUCACCACCCUCACUGCCAGACAGAGACAGCUCCUGAGUGAGGCUCUCCCCGUCCUGCAUGAGUGAGGAUGACAACUCCAGGAAGUAUCACAAACUCUUUCCCAGCCAGACACUGAACUGGCACUGCCAAAAACACUUUCAUCUUCACUCCUUGAACUGAAUCACUAGCACUGGUUCAGUUACAUGACAAUUUCAUGUUGCCAGGAAAUCCAGUUUUCUCUUAUCAAUGUACAUAACCAUCAAGGUAACUUAUCUUAGGUAUUUACAACCACUGUUGUAUUUCCUCCCCACCAAGAUGAUGUUACAGUACAAAUAAGGGGCAAUAAUGAUAGUCUCUGCUUUACCACCCUCUGGUUAUUUAUUUCCAUCUGGUAACCUGCCAAGAUAAUAUGCAUUUUCAUAUAAAAUAAAAUAUUUUAUUUACUUGCACUAUAAAAUAUGGCCACAAAAAUAUGCUUACAGAGCUUUUACUGAAUUGUCUCUCCCAAGCUAGUCAUUUAACCAGUCAAAUCAGCAGGUCAGGUUAGAGCUCAGUCAUGGACAUCCAGGAUGCCUGGAAUCAAUUAGAUACUGAUUUCACAGGAACAAGUUAUACUUAACUUUUGUACAACAUACAGAAUCUAUCAAGACUGCUCCCCCUGACUUACAUAAGGUUUGGAAGUGUACUGACUUUGUGAAUGAAUAUACAUUCUUUUAAUUCACAGCAUGAUAACAAC